AUGGAAAAGACGCCGACUUCUGAUCUGUUUUCACGGAAACAGCAGGCUAAAUUGAUUGUGGUGAUGCAAAACUUUUUUACAAAGGCUCUGCAAACCAUUGUACAAGCUCGUGCCGUUCCUGAGGCAUCGCUGGCCUCCUACAAUGACGAUGGCCAAUCAUCUAAGAUCAAUAAGUGGUUCAACCUCCAAGUGCCAUCCACGGGAGACGAGUGGCUCCGGGGCGAGAUCAAACAGUGGAGAGCACAGGCAGAGAAUUAUGGCUUGCCUUCCAUGAUCAUUGAAACGUACUUGGAUUUACGCCUGAUCUCUCCUAGCGAGAUUGUACUACUAGAAGAUGACAACGGCAGUUUGUGGACCGUGAUAGAAGGUGGAUCUAAGAAGAAGGAGGUUGUUGUAGAGCGCUGGCUUAUUGAAUUUGACCGCAACCUUGCUCUCUCGGCUACUGUUGACGAGCUUCCACUCAUAUACAAGCAGGCUAUUGUCCUUCUACGGGUUCUUUACGCCAUCACGCGUUUGCUCCCCGCUUAUAAGUUGAAGAAGUAUGUGACCAAGCUGCUGUCAAAAAACUUGGUGGUGCGUAACCGCUUUGUGGACCCGAAGCAACCAAUCAGUUCUAAGGGUCGGAUUGGAUUGUCUAAGUCCAUAAUUCCCCAUCAAAUGCUUAUGACUGAGUCACACAUGACCCAACGGUCGUUCGAGCCUAUUGAAACGACCUUAGGAAGCCUUCGUGUGUCUGUGAGCUACCGGAAUCACUACAAGUUCAAGGUACAAGACAGAGAAGAACGUUUGUCCAACCACUUCCUCAUUUCUGAUAAGGAGCAGGCAGAGCAAGCUCAACGUAAUAAUCAAACACAAAAUCUGACGAGGACUCUGGAAGGUUCUGCCACUGGCUCAAGAACAACAAGACACGCGAAUUCCCGUCCAAGCUCUAGAUCGGGUUCCAGGUCCCGUUCUCAUUCGACAUCCAGACCAAAUUCUCGCUCUGCAUCUCUUUCUUCUGAUCGUCCGCAGACAUCAAAGCCAAGAGACUCGCUUGUCCAGCACGGUGAGAAGAACUCGUUACUGCCGUGCACCUCGUUGCUACAGCACGAAGAGAGCUCACCCACUCCCAAGACUCUGGCAAAGCAAAAGCUGGUAUCUAUUGCGCCAAUUCGUCCAGGAUUCCAGCCAUUCAAAGUGGGAUCUAUCAGCAACUCUCCACCGCCACUGUCUGGGUUGUCUCAUACUCCAAAUAGUCUUACAGGUUCUUCUAUGGAACGGCGAAUCUCCGUCACGAGCAACCGCUCUGGGUCAAAUGCGUCUUUAGCAGCAUUAUUGCGAAAUGCGAGAGGUAGUACUUCCUCUUCUAACACACCGAACACGAUGACGAUUUCUGGCUCGCAGAACAAUUUCAACAUGCUGUUUCCAAGGUCCAUUUCGUCCUCACAUGGCUCACAUUUGCAAGGAGACGAUCAUUUUGGUGAAACAGUUUCAUCUGCUCCUCGAUUUUCCUCGUCGUUUGGGUCUAGACAGAGUCGUCGGUUCAGCAAUAGCAGCCGAUUGAAUUCCAUCCUGAAUAAUGAUGCCCAUCCAUCUCUUCUAGGAACCAGUGUGGAGCUGAACUCAUCCAGUGCUCCAUUUUCAGGAUUGUACGUUGAAGAUGAUAUUAGCUCCUUCGUCCAAAUGAUUGACGAUAAUCCCGAUCUCAGAUUGAGUAGGAGUCACCAUAGUUCCAAGCAGGGCUCCUCCGAUAACGUCAGCAGUUCGCAUUUGAGUGCAUUGAACCGCUUUCAACUCUUGAAGAGCCAACAUCAACAGCUAGGAGAAAGUGUGAGUGCCAGCUUAAUUCUCCAUCACAACCAAAUGGGAUCUAGAGAGAGCCAGAAUAGUGGAAGUGGAAGCAAGCCUUCCAGCCGAAAAUCUUCCCAUUCGAUCUACUCUCCUCCACCUUCGUUGCCAACAGGUUCAUUUGACAAUUCCAGGUUACCUUCAAUUACAUCGCGAUUGAAUGAUAGCGGCAUACAUAGUGGUGAUGUUAGUGGCAGUCCGAGAUCAUUCAAGAACAGUUACUCUGGAGGAAAUGUCUCAUUUUUGAAGUCUCCGGGAAGCAAGCUCGUGUCGUCACCGCUGACAGCUACAACGAUGGCUCAUGCUACUCAUCAUGCAGAGGGAGUAUCUGGGCUAGCUACAUCGCCCUCUAUUUACGUCAAGGCCAAACGUCCAAUCAAGUACGAAGAUGUUUUUGAGGAUGAUGAUGACACUAACGACUACUUUGGGUCUACUGGUAAGGAGAUGUCACAUGCUGAUCACGAUGAUCAUAUGAGCUAUGACAACGACGAUUUGCUAUUCGAAAUGACCGACACAAAAUGA